GUCUCGCUCAGUCAGUGAUUAGAUAAAAUCUGAUAGCCGGGGUUAAUUUUUAAACAGAUCUUUUCGGCUAGAACAUUUUUAAUGCAUGAGUUUUGUACGUAGAAACAAAAUUGAAAAUCAUGAUGCAGCAUCAAUACUGGGUAACAAAAAAGACCGUGUUAAAAAAAUUAGGUACAAAAGAGGACGAGUGUAUUGUUGCUUCUGAUGCUGAACUUGACGCUAAAUUAGAAUUAUUUCGAUCAAUAUCAGACAGCUGCCUUCAAUUGCAACGAAUAUUAGAUCAGUAUCAAGAACGUGUAUGCAUUUUGGCUCAAGAAGAAAAUUCUUUGGGAAAGUUUCUAAAGGAUGCAGGUAAAUCGUCUGAGGCUUCUGGAAAGCAUAUGGUUUCAGCUGGAAAAGCUAUAUCUUACUCUGGACAGCAGCGGUUGUCAGUAAGAAGUCCUCUGUUGAGAUUAUACCAUGAAGUGGAAACAUUUAGAUGUCGCGCCAUAAAAGACAUGCGAGCUACAGUUUCUGCUAUGGAAAAAGCCCGUAUUGAGUACCGUGCUGCAUUAAGUUGGAUGAAGUCAACUAGUGCUCAACUCGACCCUGAUACUGGCCGCGGUCUUGACAAUUUUCGCAAAGCCCAGCGACAAGUUCGUGAAAGCAAAAAGGUUUUUGAUAAACUUACCUUGGAUGUUUUACAAAAGAUUGAUCUUCUAGCGGCGGCAAGAUGUAACAUGUUCUCCCAUGUUCUAUCAACAUACCAGAAUUCUUUUCUAAACUUCUCCACUAAAGUAGCCCAGACAUUAUUAGCUACAUCGGAGUCUAUGAGUGCAGCACCACAGUAUGAGUUCAGCAUUUUGAAAAGUCUUCAGGAAGGAGAUGGUAACCAGGAAGAUUCAGUACCUAAAGAUAAAGAUCAAAUGUUGUUUUUCCAGGAUGAAUAUAAGGAUGAAGUACCUGAAGAAGCUAAAAAUGAAAAUGCAAAUGCUAAUAAUGAUAGCGAAAAUCAACCGUCUGAUGAGAACAAAAUUGAGCCAAUCACAUCGGAUGAGCUAAUCAAUACAAAUGUUACAAAUGAAAACACUACAGUGGAUGUUCAGAAUAUUAGCUCGGAUUUGGCUGGUAUUCGUUUGGACUGUGGUGAUGCCUCAGCUAAUUACGGAUCUUUCAUGCCUUCACAGCUCUUGCAGGAUUUGGCCACUGCAAACUUCUUGGAUGGGCCACUAGCACCUAUGAAUUCAAAUGUAAUAAAAAAUGCAACAGAUUCCAAAACUGAAACCAAAUCUACAACACUCCCUAAAAAGGAUGAUAAAGCGGCCUGGUUCAAGCUGUUUGCUGAACUCGAUCCUCUCGCUAACCCUGACAAUCUGCCUGGUUGUAACACCAAUCAAAGCCAUGCCGCUUAAUGGAAAAAAUGACAAGGGUUGCCAUACCACAGGUGCUGCAUUACUAAUUCUAUUGCAUUACGUAAAAAUAUUAUAUGUUUCAAAAAACAAAGACUCAUAUUUUUUUUUCAAAU